AUCAACUAACAACUGUAGAAGAAGGUUAGAAGAGGUUCGUGCCCUGUCACGACAAAUAUCUUCAAAUUUGACAAAGAUUUUAGAAUGGACAAGAAGAAAAGACCGUUUGACGUGACAGCGUCCUCGCUGGUGGACCUUAAAGCGGAGCUGUACAGAAAGCAGGAACAAUUUAAACAGCAAAGACUUGGCCAAGAAAGUGCUGGCACUGGACAUAAACCAAAACCCAUAGUUAAGAAGCCAAAUGUAUGGGUUAAGCAAAACUCUGGAGUUUCGGCAAGAGAUGAGAAAGAUGCAGAACAGCUUGCUGAGGAGCAGAGAACCUUGGAUAGUGCAAAGAGCAAGCUAGAGGAAAAAGCCAAACUCUAUGAACAGAUGACUAAAGGAAAUUUUCCAGAUGAAGAAACGGAGGGGUUGUACCUGGUGGAUUUUGCGCAAAAGAUUAUUGACAGAAAAAGAGAAACGCAAAUACAGAAGGAUGCUGACAGCGAGGAGGAGGAAAGAGCCAGAUUGUCCCCUGUUCCUCCUCCCCAGAACCCAGAUGAAGAAUGGGUGGACUUUGUGGAUGCUUUGGGACGAUCGCGAAGGUGUAUGAAGAAAGACUUGCCAGAUUUUAUGAAAAUGGACUACAACUUCAAAGGAACUGGAAAAGUCUCUGCUGACUUGCUGUCAGAGGAUAUGCGGAGAGAGCUGCAGAGGCAAGAGUGGGAGCGAGAAGAGGAGGAAGCCAUGAAGAAGCCCGUUGGACCCGUCCACUACGAGAACAUCAGGGCUCAAGAGGCUCGGGAGCUUGGCGUGGGCUACUUUGCCUUCUCUCACGAUGAGGAGGAUCGCAGAAAGCAGAGGGAGACUCUGGACAUGCUCAGGGACCAGACGACUGACCAGCGGAGCAAGAGAGAGCGACUGAAAGAGAAAAAGAAGGCCAUCCUACAGGCCCGGUUGGCCAAAAUAAAGCAGAGGAAACUAAAGGCAAAGGGGGGUGUGGCAGAGGAAGAGCAGCUCGAGGAGGAGAACGAAGAUGAGGACGUGACGGCACUCUCACCUCCGCCGCAUGAUCCACCAGAGGUCAGCAGAGUGAAAAAAGUGGAAGUGGAGAUUCAGGAAAGAAGGGACACCAAACCUGGAGUCCCUCAUGUCCGAGAGUGGGACAGAGGCAAAGAGUCCAUGUUCAGUGAGUGGAAAAGCCGGCGUCAGUCGGAGAGAGAGUCUGAGUUUGCACCUCCCUCCAUGUACUUUACCGACCAGAAGCGCCCUAGACCGGCAAAGACACAAAUACCUGAGAAGAAAAAUCCCGAAAUGUCCUUCUUGCGGACACAGGCCCCAGCUGUGAACACUGAAAACCAGGAUGAUGAAUCACGCACUCUCCCUGCAGCCGCCCCCACACAUCUUCCGCCACCACAAAAUCCCCCAGUCCAGCCGCAGCCUCCGCCACCAUGUUGCCCGCCAGUUUCCCCUGCCAAUCUCCAGUACCUCCCUCCUCCUUUUUACCCUCCAUUUACUCCUCCACACUUUAUAUGCCCACCUUACCCAUUUCCUCACUUCCCCGCCCACUACCAAAAUCAAUAUCCCCCUCAGUGUCCGCCUCCAAUGCCGAGCCAGUUCCAACCCCAGGUGCACCCUCAACCAAUUGUGACCAACCAGCCCCAGGUCCCCCCCCAACCCAGCGAGCCCAGCCAGCCUGAGCCAACUCCCAAAGCAACAGAACCCGAGCAGCCACCUAUAGCCCCCUCCCAAAGUUUGGACGACAUACUCUCCUUCUACAGGAACGCCACCUGAUACCUGUGUGGAUAAAAAAGGUAAUUUGUUAUUCAAAAAAAAAAAAAUCAACUGUCACAAACAUGAGGAGCAACAAUAUUUCCCUCAAAGGACAAUUAGCACACUUUACCCAAUGUGCCAUUUAGGGCCAUUGUGAAAUAUUACACUUGUGUGGUUUAAAGAUUUAAUAAAUAAGACAUAUUUGCUAUAA